AUGCUCCGCUCAUUCCCGCCUUUGCCACGACCGCGUGUUCGUCUGGCCCUCCACAAGUACUCUACAUCUUCCACCUGUAAUCAACUCAGUCCGCAACAUGCCAUCUAUGUCUCGAACUCGGUCAAUCCCUAUUUCAACCUCUCCCUUGAGGAUUGGCUCUUCAGACAUAAGAACCACCAGGAGCCAUUAUUACUCCUAUACAGGAAUACACCAUGCGUCGUCAUAGGCAGGAAUCAGAAUCCGUGGAAGGAGGUCAAUAUGUCGGCCUUGAAAGCGAGGAACAUACCGUUCAUCAGGAGAAGGAGUGGUGGGGGCACAGUAUAUCACGACCUAGGAAAUACUAACUACUCGAUACACCUCCCGCGAGCGUCUUUCGAUCGACAUGAGACAGCUGAACUGGUUCGGAGAGCGAUCAGUACGCUGGGUAUUGACGUUCGCGUUAAUGAUAGGAAUGACAUAUGCGUGGGGUCUGAAAAGAUACGUGUCCCGGGUCCAAUGUGCGUGCCUGCAGCUAACGAAUGUUUUCGUUUGUACGUGUCCGGAUCUGCAUAUAAAAUCGUCCACCAGAGAGCAUACCACCACGGAACCAUGCUAAUAUCUACACGGCUAGACACUCUUGGCGCUCUGCUAAGAGCUGACAAGGAUACGAUGGUGACGAAAGGCGUGGAUUCCGUCCGCUCACCAGUGUGCAAUCUCCGUCAGUUCAGUUCCACGAUCAAUCAUGAAACGUUCGUGGAUGCUGUGAUUAAGGAGUUCAGGAAAGAAUACGAUAUACGGGAGACGGUUCAAUACGUGGAUAAUGGCGAAGGAGUAGAUGAUAUUGAGUAUAUCCGGAACGGGAUGACGGAGCUGCUUAGUUGGGACUGGGCAUUUGGCCAGACUCCAGAGUUCACAUAUACGCUGAAGAAAACGUUGCCCUGGGGCACAGUGACUGCUGAGAUCCGCUCGAAGCAUGGCGUAAUUCUAUCCGCCGCUUUUGCUGGCGAAGGGGACGUGUCCCAAGAGACACUAGAACAACUAGGUCGAAGACUCGAGGGACAGAAGUAUGGCUUCGUGGAUGCAGAUAUAGUAAGGGAUAUCACAGAGCAGGACAACCGGUACCGAGAUAUCUGGGAUUUCCUUUCAUCGUCCAUGGAUACUUACAGCUACAGACCAUAAGGCCCAUAUAUGAAGUUGUGUACGGCGG